AGAGUUCUUUCUUUUCCGCUAGCGAUGGUCAAGAAGAGGCGCUACAUGAGCGAAGGCGGCGCAUAUGGAAGAUUUUCGUCCCAGAUUUUGGAUUCCAAGAAGCUAGUUCUUGGAUCUUUGGGAGAGAAUUCGCCUCCCUCGGCGGCAGCCGAUCUCAUUGGUUAGAUUUUCUGGAAAUUGGAGCUGUGGUCAAGAGAUACAUUUGUGGAGAUCUCCCUGGGUCCCUCCCCCCAGGCUAGCGUGGUCCCCGCGCGGCGCUCUGAUCGAAAGGACGCUCGAAUUUUUCUCUCUACCAUCUAGACAAAUGCUGUCGGUGAGGCUAUUGGAAUUCAACGCUGGAAGCGGAGUUUUCCGGUAUUUGGCUACUAAACAGGGAAAUCCAUAGCAAGAAAACACUCGCAAAUGGGCUGUGCGAAUUCUAAGGAAGUAGCGACGGCUAGAUCGCCCAAGAGGCUAGGACACUCUCGGUCUUGGAAGAAGCGCCUGCUCAUUCCAAUUGUGGAGGUCUUCCUCCAUAGCAGGAACCACAGAGCCAAGCACGCUCCUGAGCCGCUGCCAAUCGCAGAGAAAGUCAGAGCUCGCCAGGAGGAGAAAAAAGAUGGUUUUGAGGCGAUGGAGGCAGUCGAGGUGAUUGACGUGGUGGCGCUCAUGGAGGGGCUGGAAGAGCAAGACGAGAAAGCAGCGUGUGUCACAAUGCCGGAGGCGAGGAGUGACGGGCAGGCAACGCCAGAGUCGUGGACUGACCAGGACGAGAUCUCCUCUCUCUGCGAGGCAUCAUCGCCGGAGUCUAGCCGGAAUCACUGUGGAAGUCCGAAGAGCCCCCGGAGUCCACUGGUGUUUGGAGGACCGCAUUCGCAUUCACAGCGCAGUCUCAUGAAGGGAUUGACAAGGUGUGGGGACAACACGCCAGACAUCGUGGUGGCCAGGAAUUUUUCCUUCAACCUCCGGUCGUGCGUUGAUCAGGCCCCCACGCCGAAAGUCAUCCUCGACUCCACCUCUCCACUUUUGAGCAACGACGGAUCUCGUGACUUCAAGCACAGGUUAGCCAUCCAAUGCGUGACUUCUUCUUCCACCAGAGACAACGCCGCAAACGAUGACAGUGAUCUUCUCUCCACAUUCGAGUCCAUGAUGGAGCAAAUUCGCAACGACCACUGGAUCUCGGAGGUCUCGAGCUCGACGAUCGAAGAACCUCCCAGGGACAGGCUCACGCACCAGCUCAAACCACAGGAAUGCUGCACCACCACAGCGAUUCAUGGCAUUGCAUUCGAGAGCAAAGACGUCUCCUCGGAGCCGGAGUUGGGCGAUGGCUACAGUCGAGUUCCAGCGCUGUUCGUCGAUGGAAGGUACAUUGGUGGCGUGGAGCGGCUAAACGAAUUGAAAAGCAAGUGCCAACUUCGCAAGCUCUUGCAUGAUCCAAGCGGCGGAGAUUUGUGGAGAGACACCGCCAUGGCUUGCAAGGGGUGUGGAGGAGCGAGCUUGGUGCCAUGCCUGGAUUGCAAUGGGAGCCGCCGGUUUAUAGCGGACAAUGGGCUGCCGGAGGGCUGUACGGAGUGUACGGUGAAUGGAAUGGUACGGUGCCCGCUGUGUACGUAGCUGGCGAUCGGAAAAGGUGGUGGACUGGUAUAAAAGAGCCCCAAAGAGGUGAAAGGACAAACCCUAUCACACCGAC